GUUCUGGAGGCUGCCGAGGAUCCCAACUCAGCUUUGGCCAGGUCACUUGGCAUCCGACAGGCCGUUCGUGUUGCUCAAGUUCGGAUGGAUACGGAGUGGAACUUCGCAACCAGCGCCGACUUGAGGACCAAGAUCUUCCUACCCAAGGCGGUCAACCCCAUUCGUAUUGGUUGCGCCUUGGCAACUCUGUGGCCCUUGUCACGGGCGAGCAACUGCGCUUUGCAAGCGAAGAGGAGCUUCUUGCUGCCCACUCAGUUCCACAGGAGAUUCUUGCUCCACCUUAUGCUCGUGGCGCUCGAAGCUAUGUGGACUUACGUGCUCAACCUCUUGCUGCUCCUCCUGCUGAAGAACAAGACGCGCGACCUCGGCAACGACCCCGCGUUUCUGGAUCGAUUCCGCCUGUACCUGCUUCGGCUCUGGUUCCCGGCACUGAUAUUCCCGUCGUCCAUGAACUUCUACCUCCUCUACCUGAAGCAGACGAUGGUGGCUUACUCAACGAGAUUGGCCAGCAGCAAGUUCCUCAAGAACCACCGCAGAUUCCAAGGACGGGCGAGGGGGCAUCCGCAAGUGUUGGACCAGGUCAACAGCAAGUUCAUGAAGAACAAGCGCAGAUUCCGGGCGAGGGGGUCCGCCAGCAGCACGGAGGCGCCGUACUUCACCGAGGACUUCCUGUGGGACGUUGAGCCUUUGACGCGGACUGUGAGGGAGUGCAGGCUACGCAAGAUGGUCAAUGGCAUCGAGGAGUACGAAAUCGACACCGACGAUGACGACGAGUCGGACUUUGCGUACCUGCGCCCAGCGGACGUGUUCCUCACCGGCAAGGCGGUUCGCUCGGAGAUCAAGCUUAAAGAUCUCUCUCCUGAGAACCGAGCAAAGUUCCUGGCCUCUAUGGAAAAGGAAUGGACCUCCUGGAUGAAGUUCAAUGCCGUUGAGAUCCUCACGCCUGCUCAGAUCCUUUCACUACCAGGUGAUGUUCGCAUAAUUGGUACACGUUGGGUGCACACCGACAAGAACCAGAAGCAGCGGCUGUUGGCACUUCACCUUUGUCACAAGACUGGGAAGUCCAGAGAGCAGGUGACCAAGGAGUACCCCUUUGCGGCGAAGUCUCGUUUGGUCGUGCAGGGUCACCAAGAAGAUGCCUCAGACCUCCGUACGGAUUCGCCUACGGCUUCGCUCCUGGCCUUCAACCUCGUGAGUGCCGUUGCGGUCCUGAAGGGCCGUUCCUGGUGGAAGAAGUUGUUCAAGACACUCCGCAAGAACGGGUGGCGCAUGUCCGCCAUCGAGCCUGCGCUCUUCAUCCUCGCUGAUGGGUCUAGCCUGCUUGGAGUUCUCAUCACACACGUUGACGACCUCUACAGCUGUGGAGAAGGUGAAGCUUACGACAAGACGCUCAAGGAAAUGGAGCAGGACGGGAGCAUCUUCCUGGACCAGAUGGACUCCAUUGAGGGCAUUGACUACAUGGUUCUCCCGACCGAGAGGCGCAAGAAUGUCAACGGCCCACUCACCGACGCCGAAAAGUCUGCCUUUCGCGCACUGAUUGGCCAAAUGGGGUGGGUGGUUCGGCAAUCACGUCCGGAUCUCAUGGUCAAUGUCAGUUUGGCUGCUCAGGCCAUGGGAAACCCGAAGAUCCGCGACGUUGUUGCUUUGAACAAGGCGGUGAAGCAUCCGAAGGAUUCUUCCGAGCACAAGUGGUGUUUUCGAAAGUGCAACUUCACGCUCGAAGAGGCCAUCGUCUUCUCCUUUGCGGACAGUAGUUUUGGUAACGUUGAGGGAGGCAAGUCCCAGUGUGGCUUCGUCGUUGGCCUGACGACCAGGGACGUCUUCAACGGUGAUCCCGUUCCCAUCCUCAUCCUCGAGACCUACUCUGGAAGCAUCAAGAGAGUGUGCCGCAGUACCUUGGCGGCUGAAGCAAACGGCUUCUUGGCUGGCACCGAGGCUGCAGAGUACCUGAGGAUGCUCUUGAUGGAACUCAUUCACCCAGAUGUCCAGAUCAGGGACCUCGACAACCACUACCUCAAGGAGAAGAUCGCCAUGUUCACUGACGCCCGCAGUUUGGAGCAGUCCAUUAACAAGGACACUGGCCAGCCGGCGGACAAACGAGUUCGCAUUUUGCUUGCCCAGGUGAAGGAGAUGAUUGGCGAGAACCCGUUUGAGGACGAUGCUCCUGCCUCCGCCUCCUGGGUAGACACGUCUCAGAUGCUGACCGAUGUGCUCACCAAGGAAGGUUGUGACCGUGAACCUCUUUUACAUGCUCUCGCCGAAGGCGAGUGGCAACUUAGACCUUCCGAGGCUGCUCAGGAGAAGAAACUUCUGAUCAGGGCAGGAAGGCAUGUUAGAAAGGCUGCCCGAGCUCGAGCCGAGGACGGGUGUUGA